UGUUUUAUUUUGAUAGGCAUACUUCCUGUUGGGUGGUAUUAGAAUAAACUUUGACGGAUUGCUUACUAGACACGUUUUUCACCAUGUAAACUGUGUAUCUUUGGAAAAAAGGGAAUUGUAAACUGUCGCUGUCCUUUUUAUUUGUAUCUUUAUAAAUAUAAUUUUUUGCUAAAUUCACGGUUUUCACGCGUCCUUCACUCUCAGUGUUUAAGGAAUGACGCAGAUAUUCGAUCUGUUGUCAUAACAGUAACUCUGAGUGUGAGGAAAUGUUGAACUUUGAUCAGAAAUUGUUAAGUUUUAUCCUUGAAAUGAACUUUGAAGCGGUCCUGAUAGAAGUUAAAACUGUAAACAAUUAAAAACAAUCCCACCUGAACGGAUUUUACUUUGGAAAUCGGUUACCGGAAGUGAUAGCGUGGUUUCAGGCUGAUGCUAGCAGGUUUAGAAGAUGUUUGAAAGCUUCAUGAUUUUACGCAGCGUCCUCAGGGCUCGGUACCGUUCGGGAUUCAGAGCUUCAAAGUACGGCAGCAGGCGGUGGAGCUCGGACACAAACUCAGGAGCUGCUCGGCCACUAGAGGGCGUCAGAGUGCUGGAUCUGACCAGGGUUCUGGCCGGUCCGUUUGCCACCAUGAUCCUGGGAGACCUGGGAGCCGAGGUGAUCAAGGUGGAGAGGCCAGGUGUAGGAGACGACACCAGAACCUGGGGCCCGCCGUUUGCUGCCUCAGAGAGCGUCUACUUCCUGAGCGUGAACCGGAAUAAGAAGAGCAUCGCAGUCGACCUGAAGCACCGCAGAGGAGCAGAGGUCAUCCAGCAGCUUGCAGGUGUGUGUGACGUCCUGGUGGAGAACUUCCUGCCAGGAAAUCUUCCUCAGUUGGGUUUAGGAUAUGCUGAGCUCAGCAGAAUCAACCCAGGCCUUGUCUACUGCUCUGUAUCAGGCUACGGCCAGACGGGCCCUCAGGCCCGGAGUCCAGGCUACGAUUCCAUCGCUUCGGCCGUGUCAGGGAUGAUGCACAUCACCGGGCCAGAGGACGGGGAGCCGGUGCGUCCCGGCGUCGCCAUGACGGACCUGGCCACGGGGCUGUAUGCGCAUGGAGCCGUCAUGGCCGCUCUGCUGCACAGAGAGAAGACAGGAAGAGGAAGUCACAUCGACUGCAACCUCCUGUCUGCUCAGGUGUCCUGCCUCAGCCACAUCGCUGCCAACUACCUGAACGCAGGGAAGGAGGCCACCUGGGGGACGGCCCAUGAGAGCAUCGUGCCGUACCAGGGCUUCAGAACCAGAGACGGACACCUGGUUCUGGCUGCAGCCAACGACAGGCAGUUUGUCACAAUGUGCCAGGUUCUGGAGCUGCAGGAUCUCGCUGCCGACCCAAAGUACAGAACCAACCAGCUGCGGGUCCAGAACCGGAAGCAGCUGCUGCAGAUUCUGUCUGAGAGGUUUCUGCAGCAGAGCUCUUCUGAUUGGCUGAGGAGUUUCCGGGGAUCAGGUGUGCCGGUCGGACCAAUCAACAGCAUCCAGGAAGUCUUCUCAGAACCACAGGUAAAACACAACGGGCUGAUCCAGGAGAUGGAGCAUCCGACAGCAGGACGCAUCGCCGUGCCGGGUCCAGCUGUGCGGUUCAGCAGCUUCCCCCUCAGCGGGCCGACGCCCCCUCCUCUGAUUGGUCAGCACACGGUCCAGGUGCUCAGGGACACCUUGUCCUACAGUGAUGAUGUCAUCAAGGAGCUGCUGGAGUCCAGGGCGGUGGCUCAGAAUGAAGUGUCGUGAUUGGCUGAAGAAAGAAAAGCUGCCAAUCAGUCUUAGAACCAUAAUGAUGUAAUCAUGAUGUCAUAGACAGUUUAAAGUGUAACCAACCCUGGUAAAUCUGAGCCCCGCCCCCAACAAGUGUUAAGAUGUCAAAGUGGGUGGAGCCGAUGUGCACUGAGGGGCGUGGUCAGGGGGGUCUGAGAGAAGAAACGCUGCUAACCCUUUGGGUUAGCAGCGUUUAGCUUUAAAUUAGCUCAUGCUACAAAGCAUGAGCUAACCUUUGUAGUGAUAAUGAACUUUAUCAUUACAUUCAUGCACAAUCCUGUUUUUGGACUUUAAUUGACCAGCGAUCCGCAGCUGUUCCUCAUCAUGAGGAAGUGACUAUGGUAGCGGUAAACCCCGCCCACAGAUCAUUGAUUCACACUAAGCCCCGCCCACAGACCUUUGAUUCACACUAAGCCCCGCCCACAUACCUUUGAUUCACACUAAGCCCCGCCACAGAUCAUUGAUUCACACUAAGCCCCGCCCACAGACCUUUGAUUCACACUAAGCCCCGCCCACAGAACUUUGAUUCACGCUAAGCCCGCCCACAGACCUUUGAUUCACACUAAGUCCCGCCCACAUACCUUUGAUUCCAACUAAGCCCCGCCCACAGAUUAUUGAUUCACACUAAGCCCCGCCCACAGACCUUUGAUUCACACUAAGCCCCGCCCACAGAUCAUUGAUUCACACUAAGCCCCGCCCACAGACCUUUGAUUCACACUAAGUCCCGCCCACAUACCUUUGAUUCACACUAAGCCCCGCCCACAGACCUUUGAUUCACACUAAGUCCCGCCCACAUACCUUUGAUUCCAACUAAGCCCCGCCCACAGAUUAUUGAUUCACACUAAGCCCCGCCCACAGACCUUUGAUUCACACUAAGCCCCGCCCACAGAUUAUUGAUUCACACUAAGCCCCGCCCACAGACCUUUGAUUCACACUAAGCCCCGCCCACAGAUCAUUGAUUCACACUAAGCCCCGCCCACAGACCUUUGAUUCACACUAAGUCCCGCCCACAUACCUUUGAUUCACACUAAGCCCCGCCCACAGAUUAUUGAUUCACACUAAGCCCCGCCCACAUACCUUUGAUUCACACUAAGCCCCGCCCACAGACCUUUGAUUCACACUAAGUCCCGCCCACAUACCUUUGAUUCACACUAAGCCCCGCCCACAGAUUAUUGAUUCACACUAAGCCCCACCCACAGACCUUUGAGUCACACUAAGCCCCGCCCACAUAUUGUUGAGUCACACUAAGCCCCGCCCACAUAUCGUUGAGUCACACUAAGCCCCGCCCACAUAUCGUUGAGUCACACUAAGACCGGGUUCUACCUGUAGGGGGCAGCACCAAGACAGUUUGGGUGAAAUUAACAAAUAUACAGAAAAAUGUUAGAAUCCAACAGAAACAUGAAGAUAAAACUCAAAAUAACUUUGUGACAGGUUUAUUUUAUUGGUUAGUUACACUUUAAUGAAUCUGCUCCUUUACACUCCUUUAAAAUGCUUUAAAACGUUGUGGAAGGAAAACCUCAGAAGCUCACACUCCAUGAUUGUAAACUGAAUAAAUUAUUUUCAUAAAUCAUGAAAAUAAA